CGCUAGAGGAUCAGAAAGGACCCGCCUUUCCCAGACUGGGGCCCAGCAGGGCGAAGGUUGUUCCCUAAGCCACGUGAGGUUUCCUCGCCACCAAAAGCCCCAAACAAGCAGGGCUAAUGAAAGAGGAAAGUUAAGGACGCCCCAAGCUCUGAGACAAGACGUCCUGCUGCCGGCACAAGAGCCGGCCUUCCAACAGCUGCCACCGCCGGCCGGCCACCGCGGACGCCUGGUCCAGCCGAGCCGAGGUCGCGGCCGCAGAGCGAUGAUCGGUCGCAGCCUGGACGGGCGCCUCCUCAGGCUGCCGGCGCCGUCGGCCCCACCGCUCCCGCCGCCGUUGCUGCUGCUGCUGCUGCUGCUCUUGGCAGCUGCCGUGCCGCGGAGCCUGGCAGGAGUCGUCUGUGCAACUGCGUACUGGAUGCCCACUGAAAAGACAGUACAUGUCAAAAACGUACUGGACAAGAAUGGGGAUGCCUAUGGCUUUUACAAUAACUCUAUGAACACCACAGGCUGGGGCAUCCUGGAGAUCAAGGCGGGGUAUGGGUCUCAGGCCCUGAGCAAUGAGGUCAUCAUGUUUGUGGCCGGCUAUCUGGAGGGUUACCUCACUGCCCCACACAUGUAUGACCACUUCGUAAACCUCUACCCACAGCUGAUUAAGAAACCUUCCAUCGUGGAUAAAGUGCAGGAGUUUAUGAAGAAGCAAGAAGAGUGGACACGGAAUAACAUCAAAAGUUACGAUGAUGACCCAUUUUGGAGACAUACAGGCUAUGUUAUGGCACAAAUGGAUGGGCUGUAUGAAGGGGCAAUGAAGAGGGCUCUAUUAAGUGGGACAAAGCCCAUGACCCUGUUCCAGAUUCAGUUCCUGAAUGCUGUUGGAGACCUGUUGGAUCUGAUUCCCUCACUUUCUCACACAAAAAACUCCAGCCUGAAGGUUUUUAAGAGAUGGGAAAUGGGACAUUGCUCUGCUCUUAUUAAGGUUCUUCCUGGAUUUGAGAACAUCUAUUUUGCUCACUCAAGCUGGUACACGUAUGCAGCCAUGCUCAGGAUAUAUAAACACUGGGACUUCAACAUCAAAGAUAAAGACACCAGCUCUAGUCGCCUCUCUUUCAGCAGUUACCCAGGGUUUUUAGAGUCUUUGGAUGACUUUUACAUUCUCAGCAGUGGUCUAAUAUUGCUGCAGACCACAAACAGCGUGUAUAAUAAAACCCUACUCAAGCUCGUGACACCCCAGUCUCUCCUGGCCUGGCAAAGAGUCCGUGUGGCCAAUAUGAUGGCCAGUGAUGGCAAGCAGUGGGCAGAGAUCUUUGCAAACUACAACUCUGGCACCUAUAACAAUCAAUACAUGGUCCUGGACCUGAAGAAGGUAAAGCUGAAGUGCGGUCUUGACCCAGGCACUCUGUACAUUGUGGAGCAAAUUCCUUCGUAUGUAGAAUAUUCUGAACAAACUGACGUCCUACGGGAAGGGUACUGGCCCUCCUACAACAUUCCUUUCCACGAAAAAAUCUUCAACUGGAGUGGCUAUCCAAUGUUAGUUCAGAAGCUGGGUUUGGACUACUCUUAUGACCUGGCUCCACGAGCCAAAAUCUUCCGGCGUGACCAAGGGAAAGUGACUGAUAUGGCAUCCAUGAAAUAUAUCAUGCGAUACAACAAUUAUAAGGAAGAUCCUUACAGUAAGGGUGAUCCGUGCAAUACCAUAUGCUGCCGUGAGGACCUGAACCCACGUAACCCAAGUCCGGGAGGUUGCUAUGACACAAAGGUGGCAGAUAUCUACUUAGCAUCACAGUACACAGCAUAUGCCAUUAGUGGCCCCACAGUACAGGGCGGCCUCCCUGUUUUUCACUGGAACCGCUUCAACAAAACGCUCCAUGAGGGCAUGCCGGAGGCCUACAACUUUGAUUUUAUCACCAUGAAACCAAUUUUGAACCCUGACAUAAAAUGAAGAGGGACUAGAAAGCUGCAAGAUACCAAAGGCACUAUUUUAGCUGUUUUUCCAUUCAAAAUUAGCCUUAAUAAAAUGUAUUAGUCUGUUACUUUCA